AUGGGUGUGGGGGCAGAAGAUGAACAUGCACCCAAGAAGCAGGUAAGCGUGCAGAAUGCAGAGGCCUCAGAGCUUUUGCCCGUCACCGUCCUCAGUGGUUUCCUGGGUGCUGGGAAGACCACACUGCUCGCGCACAUGCUGCAGAACCAAGAAGGUCUCAGGGUGGCGGUAAUCGUCAAUGAUAUGGCGGAGGUCAACAUCGAUGCCAUGCUGGUAAAAACGGGCGCGGAGAUAUUGACAGGGAAGGACAAAAUGGUCGAGAUGCAGAACGGGUGCAUCUGCUGUACGCUGCGCGAGGACCUCAUCGAGAAUGUCAGGAAACUGGCCUUGGAGGGGCGCUUUGACUACCUGGUUAUCGAAAGCACUGGCAUCUCCGAGCCCAUGCCUGUAGCCACCACCUUCGUCAGCGAGCACGAUGGGAAGAGGCUUUUGGGCAGCGUUGCCCGCCUGGAUACGCUGGUUGGUUUCGUUGUUGGAUAUGACGAGUUUUUGGGACCG